AUUUCUUAUGGCGGUUAAUCGGGUCACAGAGGUGUACGUGUCGCCACAUCAGUGGUCAACAGUGCGCGUAUAUUAAAUUGUAUACUCACGUGUGUGUAUAUAUACAUAGACUUGGUGUUGUUUUCCCGCGCGAGAUUAAAUUUCUUCUUAGGGUUUGAAGCAGAGAGAGAGCGUUACGUAGAUAUCUCUCACACCGUUUCUUCUUUAAUUCGUCUCGAUUUAAGGCGGAGGCGUUAGCAGUGAGAGAGCUCUUAAAUUUCGGAUCUUUCUGUUCAGCUUUUUAACCAGCGACGUUUUGGUUUUGGGAUCUCUGUGAUUACUACAGAAACAUAUUGUAUUGAGAGGGAACGAUUAGUUGCGUUUGCGAGCAUGGAAGAAGUUGAGCCUCCACUGACACCACCACCCAAUGACUCUAAUGGAAAUAGAAGUGAAGCAUCUCUCUUGGACUUAUGCCAGAAGGUUCUGUCUCUUGAGAGUAGCAUUUGCGUUGAAGCUUUGAAUUUGUUUGCAGAAACCAAACUGAUUUUGUCAACAAACAUGGCUGACAUUGGAAGUGGAACGGCGGAGGAAGUGGAGAGGUUCUGGUUUGCGUUUGUUCUCUACUCAGUGAAGAUGCUUUCUGUGAGAAAACAAGUGGACGUCCACCAGUCAAUGGCUGGUGGUAAUGGUUUUAAUCUAUGUCAGAUACUAAGGGCUCUAAAGCUCAAUAUUGUGGAUUUCUUUAGAGAGUUGCCUCAGUUUGUGGUCAAGGCUGGUCCUGUGCUUUGUCAACUUUACGGUUCAGACUGGGAGAACAGACUUCAGGCAAAGGAGCUGCAGGCUGACUUUGUCCAUCUUAGCCUUCUAAGCAGUUACUACAAACGUGGGUACCGGGAAUUCUUCUUGACAUACGACGCAAACGCAGAAAGUACCUCAGCAAACUCUGCUAGUUAUUUGCCGGAUAGUUACCGUUUUGGAUGGUUACUCUUUCUUGCACUCCGAAACCACGCUUUUAGUCGCUUUAAAGACCUUGUGACAUGCACUAAUGGCCUAGUUUCUAUACUGGCUAUUUUGAUCAUACACGUCCCUUGUCGGUUUAGAAAUUUCAACAUCCAAGACUCUUCACGCUUUGUUAAGAAAGAUGACAAAGAUGUAGACUUGAUUGCAUCGCUUUGCAAGAUAUAUGACGCCUCAGAAGAUGAGUUGAGGGCAAUAAUGGAGAAGACCAACAAUUUGAUAGAAUCAAUACUGAAGAAGAAGCACUCUUCUUCAUCCGCAUGCCAAACUGACAAGCUAAGAAGUAUUAACCCAGAUGGUCUGACCUACUUUGAGGAUUUACUGGACGAGAGAUCCAUCUCAACCAGCUUGAUCACACUAGAAAAAGAUUACGCUGAUGCAGUCUGUAAUAAAAGCGAACUUGAUGAGAGGAUCUUCAUCAAUGAAGAGGAUAGCUUGCUUGGAUCUGGAAGCUUAUCUGCAGGAGCUGUUAAUAUUACUGGCGUUAAGAGGAAAACUGAUUCUCUGAGCUCACCUGCGAGGACAUUUAUAAGUCCACUCUCUCCUCAUAAGUCACCUGCCGCUAAGACGAAUAGUAUUAUUGGUGGUGGUAAUAAGUUGACAGCAACACCAGUGAGGACAGCAAUGACAACUGCCAAAUGGCUCAGGACUGUUAUACGUCCGCUUCUGCCGAAACCUUCUCCUGGGCUGGAACAUUUCCUGAAAUCAUGUGAUAGGGAUAUAACAAGCGAUGUCACACGAAGAGCGCAUGUAAUAUUGGAAGCUAUUUUUCCAAAUAGUUCCUUUGGUUACCAAUGUGCAGGCGGAAGUUUGCAACCUGUUAACCUUAUGGAUGACAUAUGGGCAAAAGAGCGGAGAUUAGAAGCUAUCAAGCUAUACUACAGAGUUCUUGAGGCAAUGUGUAGAGCAGAAGCUGAGAUUUUGCAUGCUACCAACUUAAACUCUUUACUGACAAAUGAGAGGUUCCAUAGAUGCAUGCUGGCGUGUUCAGCUGAACUGGUUCUGGCUACCCACAGAAGCAUAACAAUGUUGUUCCCGGCUGUUCUGGAGAAGACUGGGAUCACAGCCUUUGAUCUCUGCAAGGUUGUAGAGAGCUUCAUCAGAUAUGAGGAUUCGCUGCCUAGGGAGUUGAGAAGGCAUCUGAACUCUCUGGAGGAACGGCUGCUCGAGAGUAUGGUAUGGGAGAAAGGCUCUUCAAUGUACAACUCUCUGAUUGUUGCCAGGCCAUCGCUUGCAGUGGAGAUUAAUCAGCUCAGAUUACUAGCUGAACCGAUGCCAUCUCUGGAUGCAAUUGCAGCGCUUAUUAACUUCUCUGGAGGACUAAAUCAUAAUGCCUCAUCUAUCCAAAUGCAUGAAACAUGUCCAGGACAAAAUGGGGAUAUUAAAUCACCCAAAAGACAGUGUACUGAUUACCACAGCAUUCUAGUUGAGCGCAAUUCCUUUACAUCACCUGUAAAGGAUCGUCUCUUGGCCUUUGGCAACGCUAAAUCCAAGAUGCCAGCACCUCCGUUGCAGUCUGCAUUUGCUAGUCCGACAAGGCCCAACCCAGGGGGUGGAGGAGAAACUUUUGCAGAAACUGGGAUCAAUAUAUUCUUCACUAAGAUUAGUAAAUUGGCUGCUGUCAGAAUCAACGGAAUGGUGGAAAGGCUACAAUUUUCUCAGGAGAUAAGGGAGAGUGUAUACCGUCUCUUUCAACAUGUACUUGCUCAACGGACUUCUCUUUUCUUCAAUCGACAUAUUGACCAAAUCAUUCUUUGUUGCUUUUACGGAGUGGCCAAGAUAUCCCAAAUGAGCCUGACUUUCAGUGAGAUCGUAUACAACUAUCGGAAGCAACCACAGUGCAACCCGCUUGUCUUUGGCAGCGUUUAUGUGGAUUCUUUUCAUUGUCGCCGUCAAGGGAGAAUAGGGCCAGAUCAUGUUUACAUCAUCACAUUCUACAACGACAUAUUUAUUCCUGCCGCAAAGACGUUGCUGGUGGAGGUAGUUCCUGUAAGUAACGACCAGGCUGUGGAGGCCAAUGAUAAGCCUGAAGGUCAUUGUCAUGGAUCCUCGAAAGUAUCGGUGUUUCCAAGUGUUCCAGACAUGUCCCCUAAAAAAGUAUCGGCAGUACACAAUGUUUAUGUUUCUCCACUUAGGGGAUCAAAGAUGGAUGCUCUUAUUUUACACAGCGCAAAGAGUUCCUAUGCUUGUGUUGGAGAAAGCACACGUGCUUACCAGAGCCCUUCAAAAGACCUAACUGCCAUCAACAACCGCUUGAACAACAGCAGCAGCAGCAGCAGCAACAGCAGCAAGCGCAAGAGGACGCUUAACUUUGACGUAGAACUGGUCAGCGAUUCUAUGGUAGCAAACAGCCUUCCCCUCAAAAACCAACAAAACCAAAAUGGAAGUGAUACGUCGUCCUCAGGUGGUGCAUCCCUCAAAACUGAGCCACUACAUUCAUAGAGUUCUCUUCAACUAUGCUAUCUAUCAACUGUAAAUCCUUUCCCUAGAGAGUUUUUUGUUUUUAGCUUUCUAGUCAUCAAGUCAGGCUAUGAGCCGCGAUGGAUUCCUUUUACUGUCUCUCUUUAACAUUUAUCAAUAAAACAAAUAUUAU